AUGGGCAGCCCCGGCUCCCUCCCUGGCCUCGCCCCUCGGCCCCGUCCCGGUCUCGCCUGCUGCUAUCUCCUCGCUCUCUUGGCUCUGGCCUCUGCCUGCUACAUCCAGAACUGCCCCAUCGGCGGCAAGCGCUCGACUCUGGACAUGGACGUGCGCAAGUGCCUCCCCUGUGGUCCAGGAAGCAAAGGGCGCUGCUUCGGACCCAGUAUCUGCUGCGGGGAAGAGCUAGGCUGCUACAUGGGCACGGCCGAGAGCCUGAGGUGCCAGGAAGAGAGCUACCUGCCCUCCCCGUGCCAGUCUGGCCAGAAACCCUGCGGGAGUGGAGGGCGCUGUGCUGCCAGCGGGAUCUGCUGCAGCAGCGAUGGUUGUGGAUUGGACCCUGCCUGUGACCAAGAACCUACAUUUUCCUAGGCCUGGACAGAUGCAGACAGAUGGAGCAGCUCAUUUCCUCUUCCCCUCCCAGCUAGGGGAGAGGAAGGAGAGCGUGCCUUAGUCUUGAGAGUUCUGUUUUGUUUAGGAAACUGUUC